AUGAGUGAGGAAGGAGAAAUCGACGAUUCGGUAGACGAUGGAUCCGAAGAAGAGGAAUAUGUACCCGAGGAGAAUGUUGCCGAUUCGGAAGAACUUUAUGAGAUGGAGAAAGAGCUUGAAGCCUCGUCGAGUCGAGAAGUGAAAACAUUUGCAAAGAAGACUACAAAAGGAAAGAAACGUUUCGAAGAUGAUGGAGACGAUAAAGUUUUUGAAGAAAGGAUUAGGAAACAUCUGGCGGCGGUUGAACAUGCAAAUCUUGAUGAUGAACACGAGGACUCAUUCAAGGAUCUUGGCCAUGGCUUCAUUUUAAAUCGAAAUGUUUGGGAUACGCUGUACCCCUUUCAAAAGGAAGGCGUUCGAUGGCUGGUGAAAUUACACAGGGAACGAGUUGGUGGUAUCCUCGCUGAUGAGAUGGGCCUUGGAAAAACUGUGCAGAGUUUGGCUUUCCUUCGAUCGUUAAGUGAUACCUACACGCAAACGGCCUCGUCUUCCAGAUACAACGGUCUUGGUGCAAUCCUCAUCGUUUGUCCAGCUUCAAUUAUUGUUCAGUGGGCUAAAUACUGUCAAAAAUACUUACCAAUGGCUCGCAGUAUUAUUUUUCACGGCAGUGGCUCAUUCAAAGGAAGUUUGGACAAGUUAGCGCGACGUUUAAUGCCGAGAAGAGAUGGACUUUUUGUUAUCGUUCCAUACACAACUUUUAUGCCCUACAAGAAGGAUUUGAAUGAGUGCGAAUGGAGAUAUUUGGUUCUCGAUGAAGCGCACUUAAUUAAAAACCCAGAGUUGAGGUUAACUCAAAGUCUGAAAGCCUUGCAAACGCCACAUCGACUUCUUCUCACUGGAACUCCGUUACAGAAUAAUCUGAAAGAGUUGUGGAGUUUGGUAGAUUGUGCGUACCCGGGUCGUUUGGGGUCAUUAGAACCAUUUCUCACUGAUAUCGCUAAUCCGAUCACACGAGGAGGAUAUGCUAAUUCAACGCCGUUAAUGAAAGAAACCGGAGCUAGAUGUGCAACUAUUUUAAGAAAUGCUAUACAGCCUUAUCUUCUGAGACGGACAAAAGCCGGAGUCGAAAUGGAGCUGAAUUUACCAAAAAAGCAAGAACAGGUUUUAUUUUGCGAGUUGACACAAGAACAACGCAAACUUUAUGUGGAAUUUCUGAAUAGUCGUGCUUGCCAAAGGAUGCUAGAGGCAAAAAAUACCUAUCUCCCCUUUGCCGGAAUCACAGUUCUUCGAAAACUUUGCAACCAUCCACAUCUUGUUAGCGGGAAUUCUGAUGGAGUGACGAAAAGUUUUUUCGAAGCUAGUGAAGUCGGAUCAGAAAAAGCUUUUGGUCAUCCAUCAUUGAGUGGAAAAUUGGAGGUGACAAGACGGCUUUUAGCAUUAUGGAAGAAACAAGGGACUAAUAAAGUUUUAUUGUUUUCAAACAGCCGUGUCAUGUUGGAAAUCGUCGAAGCUAUGCUGCUUAGGGAUGGACAUACAUAUCUUCGGAUGGACGGAAGCACUCCAAUCGCAGCUCGUGAUGGAAUUGUAUCCGCUUUUUCCAAUGAUCCGUCAAUUUUCGUGUUUGUGUUAACAACGAGAGUCGGUGGAUUGGGAUUGAAUCUCACGUCGGCUAAUAAGGUUUUGAUUUUUGAUCCCUGUUGGAAUCCCUCCACUGAUUCACAAGCAAGGGAGCGUGCAUGGAGAAUUGGUCAAAUAAGAGAUGUCACCAUUUAUCGUCUUGUUACUCACGGAACCAUUGAAGAGAAAAUUUAUCAUAGGCAGCUGUUCAAGGAGUUCCUGGCUCAACGUGUUUUCAACAAGAAGACUCAACAUAAACUGGAAUUAAGUACAUCACAGCUGAAGGAUUUAUUUACAUUAUGCGACAACCAUGAUAGAAGAAGUGAUCGAAAGAAACUGCGGGUUGAGCACAAACCAAAACAUUCAAAGGGAGCAACACAAUUCGAUAGGUUACUUGAAGCUGACCCGAGUAAUCCAAAGGGUACAGAGCCAGGAGAUGAAGAAACAGAGGAGAACUUCCCUUCAUUAUCCGAUGCACAACGAGAAGAAUUGAGGAACGUUGGAGAAACCGAAAAUACGGAGAUAAUUCCAUCAAAGUGCAAAAAGGAUGAACGGCCGCCAGAUAGUGGAGAGCUGUUUGAUGGGAAGUAUCAGAUUCCAUAUCUCGUCAAACACACCAAAACAAGAAGGGAUCGACGAAAAGAGGAAGAAGACAAAGCUGCAAAGACGGAAGACGGAGUGAUGGCGUUUUUGCUGAAACGAGGCGUACGCGAAGCGUUAAAUCACGAUGCUGUUCUCGGUUUUUCCGAUCGUAAAAAGGUUGAGGAAAGGGAGAAACGAGCGCUUGGAUUGAUCGGUGAAAGAAAGAAGAAGAAAAAACGGAAAGACAAAGAGAAAUCUGACGAUACUUCAACGGAGCCAUCGGGUCUUGAUUUGCUCACUGGAAAUCGAAAACGCUUAUCGGAUAGAGGUGACGAUGAAAGAAAGGAUGACUUGUUGUCGGCUGUUCGUCGUCGAAAAGAAAUCGAGAAUGCCGAAGCGGCGAAGGCUUUUCUUUCUAUU